AUAUGUGACGAAUUUUUAUGCCUUAGCCUUUUUCGACUUUUUACUUCGCUCCAGUUUAGAAAAUUAGAUAGAAUCAUAGAUCUAUCAUCUUGUCUAGCUAAAUUGUAGUAAGUUCUGCUAGAUCUAGAUCUAAAGGAUGGAAUGGUUCCAAACUUUAGGGUUUUUGAUAGUUUGCUUUAAUCAUGGUGUAUCUAGAUCUAUGCUUGCAUACAGAAUGGCAGUUGAACCAGAAAAACAAAACUUAAAAUUAAAAGUUGACUCCCAAGAUGUGAUUAGAAACUACAACAGUAAACUCUCACCCAAGACCAAGUCUGUGUCACAGUUUGCCUUUGCCAAGCAUUUUCAGAGUCACAUGGUGCUCCAGCAAGCUCCACAGAGGGCUAAUCUUUAUGGCUUUGCUGCUCUUCGUGGUCAAGUAGUUAACAUGAAGGUGACUGUUAUACCAGAUAUGAAAAUCUACUACUAUAAGACUACAGUUCGUCAAGGGCCUGUUACUGGACUUGGUGUUUGGAAUUUUCUCCUAGAUCCAUUUCCAGGGAACACAACAGUAGCUAUAAGCGUGGUGUCAGAAGAAGGUUCCCUGUCAUUGAAUGAUGUUAUUUUUGGUGAUGUUUGGAUCUGUUCUGGUCAAUCUAAUAUGCAGUUUACAGUCAUUCAGAUUGAUGACGCUGAGGAAGAACUAGCGGAUGCCAUAAACUAUCCAAACAUUCGCCUCAUGACAGUCAACUUGAAUGAAUCUCCCACACCUUUGUAUGACUUCAUUAAAAUUGAACAGGACUGGACUGCUCCCAAUAGAAGCUCUAUUGGAGGUCCACCUGAUACCUAUUUCUCUGCAGUGUGUUGGCUCUUCGGAAAGGCAAUUCACAAGGCACGUGGAUAUCCCAUUGGUUUGGUGGAUACUGAUUACACUGGAACACCUGCUGAGGCUUGGUCGUCUCCGGAGGCUUUAGUUGCCUGCGGAAAUGAAAAGGAGAAACAUCCAGUUUCCAACAGAAGCUUUGAUGAACUGCCCAAUGAAGGAUUUGAAAAUCCAAAUGAUAAUUCAGCCAUGUGGAAUGCCAUGAUUCACCCUCUGCUUAAUAUGACCAUAUAUGGUGUCAUCUGGUAUCAAGGAGAAUCAGACGCUAGUGGGUCUCGCAUGAACAAAUACAACUGCACGUUCCCAGCUAUGAUCAAAGACUGGAGGCUUAAAUUUAACGCAGCUUCAAAUGGACAAACUAAAGCUGAUUUUCCCUUUGGAUUUGUCCAGUUGGCUCCAUAUCGGCCAGACCAAUCUAUAAACGUUGGAUACUGCGACAUUCGUUGGCACCAAACGGCAGACACAGGCUAUGUUCCUAACGAUGUAUUACCCAAUGUGUUUAUGUCAGUGGCUAUGGAUCUGGCAGAUUUUACAUCACCUUAUGGAGCUGGUCAUCCUAGAAAGAAGAGAGAUGUUGCUGCCAGGCUGGUUCUUGGUGGCCUUGCAGUGGCCUACGGUCAGCAACUGGAAUUUCAAGGUCCAUUGCCUGCUUCAGGUUUUAUUGUACCUCUUGGGCUCAAUGUUAGUUAUGGUGAUAGAUGGAGCUUGGACGUAAGGAGCUGGGAUGGCUUUGACAUUUUGUGUGGAACCAGAUGGGUGCCAACUCAGAUCAUAGACUACAAUGAUGUUAGUGUAAUUCUGUACUUAGGAGUGUGCAGUGAUGGAGAAAAGUUUAACGGUCUUCGCUACGCUUGGAGAGAGUCGCCUUGUGCCUAUAAGAAAUGUGCCAUCUACGACAGUGCCAGUGGUUUGCCUGCUCCAACUUUUACAUUUACUCCAAGACAUCAUGGGAAUGAGACAUAUUUUACUUUUGGUGGACCAACUUACAUAUAGAACUAUUGCAAAGGUUAAUUGUGAGAUAGCCUCCAAUUCACCUAAUUGUGUGACAUAAGUUUAUAAGAAAUGUCGACCAUUGUAAAGUAGACCUGUUUAGAUUAGCCUAUGAUUUGUGAGAAUUUCUUUAACUCUUUCUCUCCUGAUUGACAAUACCAUGGUUGAUUUGACCCCAUUAAAUUAACUUAAUUUUUGGAUUCAUAAACUUUUUUUUUGUGUUACAUAAAAAGGGCAUGCAUUUAUCUUUACCAAUUAUAACAUUGUCUGAUUAAAAGAAAAACGUGAUUUAGGUUUAACCCUAACAGGCUAGUGAAAUACAAAUGGGAAAAAUUAAUCAUUCCUUCUGAGUGCGGAAAAUAAAUAUGGAGAGAUAAGAGUUAAGGAAUUUUAAAACUUAUAAAUGAUGAACUAUGUAUCCCCACAUAAUUAAUAAGUGCUUUUAAGGAAUUUCAUCAUGUCUUAUAAAUUACAGAUGACUUAUGCAUUCAUAAAUUUAAGUAAUUAUCUAUCCUAUAAAUUCUCAUCUCAUCUGUAUCUUGAUUUUCAUUCUAGGGAUGUUGUGAUGAUUUUUUAAACCAAAGCCCGUCACAAUUCUUAGCAGCAUAUCAAGAGUGAGACCUUUCCUGUUUUACAGCCAGCUUUUCUUUAGUUGACUCUUUCCUAGUGCUCCUUUCACUGUACCUUGUAGGAUGACAUUUAAAAGUGAGUCUCGCCUUACAACACGACCAGCUCAGAUUUCAUCUCUUCACAGUAUUGAGAAGUUUUUGCCUGCCAGAGUGUUGAAUUAUAACAGUAGAAAUUCAUUCUUUUCUCCUGACAUCUGAUACCCAGCAAUUUUCUGUAGCAUUUACUCUCUAAAGCUUGAAAUCAGUGUCCAUCUUUCACAACCAUAUAAGAGUAUAGAGACCACUAGUGAAGAAUACAGUUUUAAUUUUAUCUGGAAGCUGAUGUUACAUUAGUGGAUGCCAAACUCAAAUGGGAUGUUAUUGUUGUUAAACAAGUCACUUUUUCUAAUGUUUGGUUAUAUAGCUAUAUGCAACAAAGUACUUGCUUUUUUUAGCACUAAUUUCCAUGCCAGCUGCUCUAGCUGCAGCCUCCACUUUUGAAGUUAGAUCUUAUACCUGCUCUGCAUUUUCUUCAAUGCAAAUUACUGCUGAAUUAUGCAUUCCUGUGAAAUUAAUAAUUGUUUUUAAGGAAUUUUAUAUCCUGGAAAUUACUGAUGAAUUAUGCAUUCCUUCUCAAUUAUAAAUGUUUAUGUCAGUAAGUUUUAACCCAAUAAGCUUUACAUUGUUAGGUUACUUUUCAUUUGAUAUGAGUCAUUGAAAGAGUAGAAAAUACUAGUCAUGGUUUUUUGCUGAGUUAUUCUGCUUCAUAAUAAUCUCAUUCUUCUACAGAUAUUUCCUCCACAUAUUUUCUUUUUUUUAUUGAUUUGCAAAUAAAUUUUAAAUGCAUAAAAGAACGUUCAAAUUGUUAUUGAAAUGAAAUUCAGAUUUCAUACUCAUAAAAAGUUUAUUAUUGUCUCGACAAAUAUCUAAAACAUAAUUUUUACACUUUUGACUUAACAUUUUUAUUCAUUAUAAAAGAAGAUAGUAAUAUCACAGAGCUUUCAUUUUAUUUUAAAAAAGUUAAAUUUAUUUUGGGAAUCUAACAACAAAACAAAUAUGAAAAUAGACUUUGAACAGUGUAACUUAUUUUAACAUAAUCAAUAUUUUUAGUUGAAAUUUCGGACAAAUUUUUUUUUAAAAAGAUAUCAAGCCUUAAGUUGUGAAUGAAAAAAAAAGGAGUUUGUUCACAUGUUUUUUUGGGGUUUUUUUAAAUUUAAAUUUAGUUGUUAUAUGAGGCUGUAGUUGUUUGCCGAUGAUUGAAUCUACCAUUACAGUAAAACUGAGUGUGGUGGUGACAUUUUGGAAGUAUUACCAUAUAUAAAUGCUCAAAGAAUGAACAAAAAAAUAACUCUGUGUGAUAUUAUGUUUUGAUAUUUCCGUUUUUAAAUUACUGGCACUUAUCUGGUUGUGAAUUAUUAAACUCCAAAAAAUAUGAAGCCAUAUCUCUAUUCACUAUUGUGUUUAUUAAUUUACAUUAUUAUAUUUCUCUGUAAUAUAUAUAUAUAUAUAUAUGUAUAUAUAUAUAUGUAUAUAUAUAUAACAACUCUCUUUUAUUCUCAGUAGCAUAUUUCUUGUUUACCUUUCUUGAAUUACUUUUUUUUAAUGAGAUAU